AUGGUCGGUCUUCCCUAUUCAUCCGCAGGCUGCGUUAAUUGCAGGAAACGCAAAAUAAAAUGUGACUCGCAGAAGCCAGUAUGCGCCAAAUGCUUGAAAAGAGGAAUCCUCUGCCUGGGCUUUGAUAAGGACCGGAAAUUUCUCCACCAUGAAAUGCGCUCUCAAGUAACGCGGAGUGGUGAGGUGAAACGACCAGUCCGUCGGCUUGUUUGGUAUCUAAAACCUCUCUCUCUACCAUCCUUCUGUGACAUGAGCGGCGAGGUUCGCACUCAGCUAUUCUCAGCCUUCAUGGACAAUUUCUUUGCCCCGAACGCGAACAUAAACGGCAAGGACGAUAGUCUGUUCUUUCUUAUGGCUAAUUUUCCUACGCUAGCCGGAGAAUCCGAACUGUUGGAUCGAUCCGUAAUCGCACUAGCUUUUUCUUUCCUAGCCAUCAAGUCAAAUGACAAAAACUUGGCUCGUCAAGGCCUGGAAGUCUACAACAGUGCGCUUAACGCAAUGAACCGAGCAUUGCGAAGGAAGUCUGGAUCGUGGCCCCACAUGCUUUACGCAUCAAUCAUAUUCCAUACAUAUGAGACCCUUUAUUAUGGUGACGAUGCGCCACGAAGCUUGUUUACCCACAUACAAGGCGCCAGUGCUAUUUUAAAAAGUUACAGCUUCAGCGAUACCAAUAGCCUUACUUUGGCCAUGCUAAAGCGACAUAAGUGGGCGGUGGCGUACUGCACCCUUAACACAGAAUACGGAUUAGAGACAGACUGGGAGUGUCUGACUCUAGGGAAAGAGGAAUGCCCUCUAGAUGAGCUUUUUAAAAUCAUUGGGUACUGCGCCGCCCUACGAAGAGACCUGGUCAGUGCUUCCCGGCUCAACAGCCCUGAACAAGAACCGACUCUCCAAUCAAUAUUACAACGUCUUCUCGAUAUCCAAAGAGUCCAAGCAGGCUGGGAGCGUCUGCAUAGUGACUCCUUAUCGCCUCACCGCAGAGGCCAGGCUAUGCUAGAUUCUGAAUCUUCAGGGGAAGACGUUGGCCUUGACCCCUAUGAAUUCAAAGACUUGUGCACGGCCAAAUUAUAUGUUCUUUCCAGGAUUGCUUCAACAGUAAGACACCGUUUGAUCUAUCAAACUGAGAAAUUACUGCAUGGAUACUCUGAUCCCACAAGUAUGCAUUUUUCUGCCGAUGAAAUCUGUCGAUCUGUUGUUUAUUGCAUGCGACCAGAAAGACAGAUGUCAGUGGGGCAUAUGGCCCUAUUUGCAGUCUCCCAGGCAUCCAAAGCGUACAUCACUUGCCGAGACCUGAGAAUGUUUGAAUGGUGCCAAUGUAUCUACUCAACUAUCCAGGCUCGUGGAAUUGGCCUCGCAUCCCGCGUGGGCAAGGAGGAUUGGACGCUCUGGCGUACGGCUGCAAAUUAA